AUGUACCGCUCGAUGCGGGACGUGACGAACGGGACGAACGGGCGAGAGAGCGGAGGACGGGCGAGGGAGGGUGAGAAGAAGACGGUCGAGCGCGCGCGGGGGACGCAGACGACGAACGCGGGGGAUCCGGUGCGCGACGCGCGGGCGUGGAUGGACGAUGUCGUCGCUAGGGCCUCCGCGGAGGCGUCUAGGUUCGAAGUGGAGGGACGGGAGGGGUUCUCGGCGCGAGGGGCGAGCACGGCGCGCGCGUUGUUGAGACGCGCUUCGGAGCGCGCGGCGGACGCGCGAGAGCCGUCGAAUGGCGUCGACGGCGGAAGAGUGGCGAUGAAAUCGGGUGCGUCCUCGCCCAGAUAUUCGCGAGCGGACGUCGAGGCGGUAGAGGCGACGCUGCGAACGGAUCAUGAGAACGCGAUGACGUUGACGCGAGAGCGCGCCGAGGCGGCGGAGCGAGAGGUGGCGUCGCUCACGGCGCGAUGCCAAGAACUCGAGAGCGCGCGGAAGAGCGCGCGCAGCGCUCUGGCAGAGAUGGCGUCACAAAACGCAAAGCUAGUUACGGCGUUCGCGACGAAGAAGGAUGAGUUGAAGGCGCUACGGGAGAGCGCGGUGGCGUCCACAGCGCAGCCAGAGACCAAGGCACAGAUAUCGGAGCUUAGAGAGGCGCUGGCAAACGCCAGGGCGGAGACGCGCGCGGCUCGAGAGACAGAGGCGAUUCGUAGGCGUGAGCUCGACGCUACGCGAGCAGAACUGGAUGAUCUUCGGUUGAAGUCUCGUAGUGAUGCGUCGUCGGCGCUGAAGACGCAGUUGGCAUCGGUGAUGAAGGAACUCGAGCGCGAGCGUGAGGCGUUCGCGUCUCAGAAAGAGUCUUGGAGGCAAGAGCGCGCGAAGCUCAUCAGACUCGCGGCGGAUCCACGAAUGCCCGAGCCGAGGCACACGGCGAAGGGGCCGUCGCCACCAAAGGCGCCGUCAUCGUCGUCGUCGUCUCCAAAGGCUUCGUCCUCGACGCCGCCGAAGGGUCGACGAAUGCCCUCACGCUCGCCCAACAAGCGCGUGACGCCUCCAAAACCUCCAAAAGCUUCACCAUCACCGGCUCGUCAGCGAACGCCGUCGCGAACUUCGCCGAGCCCAUUCAAGAAGAAACUUAGAGAGCUUCGCGAACAGGCGGAGGCGUUCAAGGUUCGAGGGAACAAGGCUUUUCACGCCAAGACGUAUGACAUGGCACUCCAGGCGUAUGCGGAUGCGUUAGCGGUGAGUUUCGUGGACGAUCCCUUCCGCGCGGUGCUUCACGCAAACAAGGCGGCGGCGUUGCAAGCGAUGGGCAAGUAUUGCGACGCCGUCAUGGAAUGUUGUAUCUCGCGAACGUUCGACGACACGUACAUUCGUGCCUUACAGCGCCGAGCCGACGCGUACUUAUCGAUGGGCGAUUGGCCAAUGGCGAUGAAAGACUUGGAAGAGCUCCUGCCGCACAUGGGUGAAGACUGCGCUCUCAAGUUACGCGAGGCGAAGCGCAAGGUGCAAAAUGGUUGCACGUCGUGCGAACACUACUCCGUUCUAGGCGUGAGUUCUCGCGCGACAAAAGUGGACGUGACGAAGGCGUACAAGUCACUCGCGCUCAAGUUUCAUCCGGACAAGGCGCCGAGCGAUGCAGUGCGUCCGGCGAGUGAGGCUAUUUUCAAGCGAGUCGCCGAGGCGUACGCGACGCUGAAAGAUGCGUCCGCGCGCGCGUCUUACGACGCCUCCCUCGCGGCUUCAAGAUUGCGUCGCACGCACUCCAUGCCGUGA